GCUCAGUCGGUGCGGGGGAGCGACGGUCUUCCUACGACGAGGGCGCAGAGUAGGCAGAGUGGGAGGAUGGCCAAACGUGCUCCAUCAUGGGUCGUCGUCGACGUCUUCCAAGGCGAGGGGUUCUUCGACGAAUUCGUAUUCUACGACCUACCAGACCCGACACAUGGACAAGUGAACUACGUGAACAAAACCGCCGCUCUCAGCCGCGGGCUCGUCUAUGUCACUCCGGACAACAAGGCUGUCAUGACGGUUGACAAUCAUACAGACCUCCCGUUGGGUGAGAACAGGGACAGCGUGAGGAUCCAGUCGAUUAAAAGCUAUACGGGUGGUCUGUUCCUCUUAGACGUGGAGCAUGCGCCUUGGGGCUGUGGAGUGUGGCCAGCGUUGUGGACUGUGGGCGCGAAUUGGCCGUUAGGGGGAGAGAUCGAUAUCUACGAAGGAGUGAACCUGGGCACGCAUAACCAAGUCACGUUCCAUACCGAGCCAAACUGCACUUAUACACAAGGCGUCAACCAAACCGGGGCCAUCAUCGGAAGGGACUGCGACGCUUUCGUGAACGACAACUCUGGGUGCGGGAUCACCGACCCCUCGCAGACGUCCUUCGGCGAGCCGCUGAACAACCUCGGCGGCGGUGUGUUCGCCAUGCAGUGGGACGAUAAUGGGAUUUUUGCCUGGUUCUUCCACCGGUCCUCUGUCCCGCCUGAUAUUACGAACGGCGACCCGCAACCGAGCGGCUGGGGCUAUCCGACCGCCCUCCUCUCCCCCGCCGGGUGCAACCCCUGGCUGUACUUCAACUCCCACUCGAUCGUAUUCGACAUCACCCUCUGCGGUGACUGGGCAGGCAGCGCCUACUCCAGCAGCGGCUGCCCUGGCUCGUGCGAGACGCAGGUGAUGAAAGGAGCGAAUUUUGUCAACGCCAGUUGGGUCGUGAAUAGCUUGAUCGUCUUCCGUGAAUCGGACUUUUCUAGUGGGGCAUCGCUACCCGGUGUAUCGAUGUGGACACUGCUGGCGGGUAUGAUGUUCAUAGGCGGUAUCAUAAUGCUACGAUGAUAU